UGCAAGCUCUCACCUUCACCUCUUCUCCUCCUCUGCAACACCCCCUCCAUCUCCAUUCGUCUUCUUACUCCUCCUCUUCUUCUUCCUCUUCUUCUUCUUCUUCUUCUUCUUCUUCUUCUUCUUCUUCCUCCACAUCAUUCCCCAUUCCCAUCUUCUAAUUAUACCCCCAGAUUUCCCCAUUAUUACAAUCCCACCCCAUUUUUCUCAUUCACAUUCACAGGCAGAGAUCUGGUCCUGUUCAUCUUCUACCACCCGCAAUCGGGCCGCAAGGCGACAUUGAUUUUCUCCGACAUGUUGCCCAAACUGUAAUCUUUUUGAAGGUUCCAGAAUCCCAAGACAGCUAGAGUGUGAGAUAGCGAGGAAAAGAACCGGGGUCGGUUGGAGCUAGCUAGCUUUUCGCAGGUUAUCUGAAAAUGAAAGGCAGCCAGAUCAACAAAGAAUCGGGAGAGAAAGUGAUUUGGGAUCAGAUGCGGAGCUCCACAGGGAACCCUUUACCUGGUCCUGGCUCUCAAUCUCCCCGUGCCGCACCUAAGCUCCUCGUCUGGCUCAUUCUCUUCGUCUCCGUCACCUACAUCGUCUACACUCUCAAGCUCGUAUCCACCUCACGCGCCGCCUGCUCCGACCUCGACGACCCAUUCUCCACCCCCCGCCACCUCUCCACCACCGCCUCAUUACUCACCAAGAGCCCCAACAACGUCACAGACGAUCAAACCGCGCAGAUUCUCCGGCUCGAACCCAAGCCGGAGCCGGAACAAACCGACGUCAAGCACAUAGUCUUCGGCAUUGCCGCGUCGGCGAAGCUCUGGUCGCAGCGGAAGAACUACAUCAAGCUCUGGUACAAACCCGACACCAUGCGCGGCAUAGUUUGGCUGGACCGCGCCGUAGCAAAUCAGAGCCGGGCGGGUCUCCCGCCGAUCAGGAUCUCCGGCGACACGUCGGAGUUCGGAUACUCCAACAAGCAGGGCCAUCGCUCCGCCAUCCGGAUCUCCCGGAUCGUCUCCGAAACGCUGCGUUUGGGCCUCAAGAACGUGCGGUGGUUCGUCAUGGGCGACGACGACACUGUCUUCAUCACCGACAACCUCGUCCGUGUGCUUCGAAAAUACGACCACACUCAGUACUACUACAUUGGUUCCCUGUCGGAGUCGCACUUGCAGAACAUAUUCUUCUCGUACGGCAUGGCCUACGGCGGCGGCGGCUUCGCCAUAAGCUACCCUCUGGCGGAGGCCUUGAGCAAAAUGCAAGACAAGUGCAUACAACGUUAUCCCGGUUUGUACGGCUCCGACGACCGAAUGCAAGCUUGCAUGGCCGAGCUCGGUGUCCCACUCACUAAAGAACUCGGCUUUCACCAGUAUGAUGUGUAUGGGAACCUAUUCGGGCUCCUUGCAGCACACCCAGUGGCACCCUUGGUGACAAUGCAUCACCUUGAUGUGGUUGAGCCCAUCUUCCCCAAUGUAACCCGAGUUCAAGCCCUUCAGCGGCUUAUGGUCCCAGUGAAGCUGGACUCAGCAGGAAUCAUGCAACAAUCCAUCUGCUAUGACCAGUCUAGGAGCUGGACCAUUUCCGUUUCAUGGGGCUUUGCUGUCCAAAUUUUUCGGGGAGUUUUUUCACCCCGGGAGAUGGAAAUGCCUUCCCGAACAUUUUUGAACUGGUACAAAAGAGCAGAUUUCACAGCAUAUGCUUUCAACACUCGUCCAGUAAGCCGAAACCCUUGCCAGAAACCCUUUGUGUUCUACAUGUCAAAGGUAAAAUUCAAUUCUACAAUGAAUACGACAUUCAGUGAGUAUGUCCAGCAUCGCGUCCCUCAUCCCUUGUGCAAGUGGAAGAUGGCUGAUCCGGCUAGCUUUGAGAGAGUGGAGGUCUAUAAGAGGCCUGACCCUCAGCUAUGGAAUAGAUCACCAAGGAGAAAUUGCUGCAGGGUUAGAAACUCGAAGAAGAAAGGAACUAUGGUCAUAGAUGUUGGUUUAUGUAAAGAGGGUGAGAUCAGUGAAAUAGCAACAAUUUGAUCAAUUUAGGAAUUUGAAGCAGGCUUCUCUCUUUUCUUAUUCCCCCUUGAUUCAUCUUUUCCUUCCCUUGAGUGAUUCUUAGGUUAUCUCUUAAUUUAUUCUCUCCAUUCAAAAUUUUGGUCCUUGGGAGUCCACUGUGAGACAAAUCGUUAGAGAACAAAUAUCAAGAGUAUGUUCCUGUACAAAAGUUGUAGGGUAGUAGACAUUCUAUAGUUGUCUGAGGAGUUAAAUAUUCAUUUAUAAGAUUUCCCCCAACAAGAUAUCUUUGCUUUUGGUAAAGAC